AGGAAAGCAGGAAGUGGCGGAAAGAAGGAGUCACCACAAUCACCUAUUGCCGAAUCCUCGCAUCCAGUGCGAAACACUUUCUCGCCACCACUAGUGUUCUGGAAGGAGAAGAACUGAACCGAAAACAUGAACUGGAGAAUUUUUCAUCUGACAAUACUUCUUGCCAUCCUCGUUGGAGCGACAUACGAACAGUCUGAUGAUUCGCUCGUGGAUUGUGCCUCAAUAACCCUGUGUGCUGAGUGCCACAGCAGCAACACCUCUGAUGCUGCAUGCAGCUGGGUGGAAUGUGGAGGUGUCGGAAAAUGUAUGAACGCAUCGGAGAUGAACAACAGCAGCUGUGCUAACGCCACCUGUGGAGCCACUCCUGUACCCAGCACAACGGUCCUCGUCCCUCCUGUUGAGCCCACCUCCGCCACCAAUGACACCAACUCCACCGCCGUGGUGCCCACCUCAUCAGAAGCCGGAAAUACAACAGCAGUGCCUCCAGCUCCGCCCACUACUCAAGCCGCCAAUGUCACUGUUCCCACCACCUCCGCUUCCAAUGUAACUGUGCCGACCGUAUCUCCAACCCCCUCCCCCUCCUCUAAAUCGGCCACGUUUGACGCGGCGAGCUUUGUGGGAGGCAUCGUGCUAGUGCUGGGCUUGCAAGCGGUCAUCUUCUUCCUCUACAAGUUCUGCAAGUCCAAGGACCGCAACUACCACACUUUGUAACACACACACACACACACAUGUGGUCACACAACUCACAAAUGCGUCUGCACUCCACACUCGAUAAAAGCACCACACUGGACACACACACGCACACACUGUUACAUAUACACAGAGAUGAAUGCAUACACACACGCAUACAAAUGUUUAGCUUACUGUUACCGUCUACACUACUACAUGAGUGUGUGUGUGUCUAGUAGAAUCAGUUAUUCAUGUAUGCAGACACAAUGUGAUUCCUAUCCAAUUGAUGCCAUUUUUUUUACAUUUCAGUGGUCCUGACACACAAAAACAAGACUUUGCAUGAAUCUAGAAUGUAUAGCUGAAGGCGGCAUACAUUUCAAACCACCCUUCAACACAAAUAAUGCUAUGAAUGCAUAAAAUGUGUUUUUGUGGAGAGAAAAAAAGAAAACGCAACGAUAACGGCAAACAUGCAAAAGGCUACAGAAAGUAUUCAUCCGGCCUGAUUAAUGUUGUUUUGUAGGCCUGUGUGUGUUCAGUGAAACCUCUCAAAACUUUAAGUUAUUCCCCAUCCCCAGAAGCCUGCAUAGGCUGGUCUGUAAAAAGAAAAAUCGUUAAUAGUUGGCCAGAUCAGGCUUUGGGGCUGACUAGCACUUUGCCGUAUCCCCUCUAACCCUGACCGUACAAGAGGCCAUUUGGUACCAUGAUCGGACAUGUACACACAGCCAAUACAAAAUAGCUGUUUACCAGGAGAUUGCCAUACUUUUCACACUUAAACCAUUUAUUACAACCACCCCCUCACCCGAAAAACAGCCACGCCUCCCCUCUCUCAGCCUUUGUGGUCUUCAGUCAUUGGCAUGAAGGCUCUUCAAGGGGUGUGAGAGUGCAGGUUAGCUUUUCAACAGCACAUUAGCAUUGCCGAUUAAUUAUUAUUAUUAUUAUUACAGUUGUAUGACAGCGUCCCUAACGUCAUGCUCUGACGAUGCCGAGUAGUUUGUAGCUGUUACGAGCACAGCAUGUCUCUCUGUAUAGUAAGGUCAUUUCAUUUGUUACAGCCAUCCAUUAACGCCAGCUCAAUGCUUAUGCUUUGCCAAGGUUAAUCAAAGCAUGGCCUGGUUUAUUCCCAGACGAUAAACUCCCCCCCCCCACAGCACACUUGCACAUUACUGCUAUUUUGCUGUUUAGCAGCAUCCAGUGUUCCGGAUGCCGAUUGGUUGAUUUCCACCACUGUUCUUGUUGCUAAACGGUGAUUUGGUUGUUACAGUACGGUUGUCUACAGGUCGUAUAUCGCUAGCAUCAGCAAGCAGCAGGCAUGUAACAUAAGCUGUGCCUAGCUAUGCAUGAGCUGUCCAGAGCUUCGCAAUACAAUCCAUGCUAGCCACCGUGCUACCAGGUCAAGACCUAUUUGUAGUUUAGCAUAAGUGGCUGUGCUGGCUCGAUAGCGGUUGUGCUCAGCACAACAACAGGAUUAUAAUAUCAAAUAUCGCGUCACUCAAAAAUGCCACAUUUUAAAGUGUGAUAUGGUGUAAAGAUAUAUGUGUGUGUGUGUGUGUGCGUGGGUGUUUGUGGGUUAGAUGCAGUUGCGGGUUGGAGACUCGUAUUGAUGGGAAGCCAUGGCAGAUUAAGUGCCUUCAGUGUUGACUCAAUCAGGAGGAAUGUGACGAAGAGGGAGGAGAGACAUUGUCUUCCUCCCUGCUGCGGAACUGUCAGUGUGUUACUAGUAUGACUGAGAAUACCUAUUGCGAGUGCAUUUGUCUGUGUCUGUGUGUGUGCGUGUGCGUAUGAAUGUGUGUAACUGUUACCUUGUUUUUUCGAGGCAAUGGAGGCUCCAGCUGGACUGAUUGCGUAAUAAUUAUGACUUGUCACAAGAGAAGAUUUCAUGUCCGUGCGUAAUUGAUUAACAUGUUUGUGUGUGUGUGUGUGUGUGUGUGUGUGUGUGUGUGUGUGUGUGUGUGUGUGUGUGUGUGUGUGUGUGUGUGUGUGU